ACUCUGUUGCAGAUCCCGGUCAGCCCCGCCAUCCCAGGGUUGUCACUUGCUGUGCUUUGGCCAAUGGCUGCAUGGCAGCGCCUCCCGGUGGCCUUGAUUGGCAGGUGCUCCGUCACAGAGCCCCGCCCCCAGGGCUCUCUUAAAAGGCGGCGCGGAGCUGGCUUGCCUGUGUGACCAUGAGCAGCGGUGCACGCGGCGAUCCGAGCCCCGUUGAGGUGCCAGAGGAGAGGCGCUUUCUCAGAAGUCAUUUGGAACUGCCCGUUCCCCUCAACACUGGGCCUGAAGAGAGAUCCCAGCCUUGCUGCCCCAUCCUAGAAGCCCCAUAUGGCAGAUGUGCUGGCCUGCUGCUCCCUCCAGCUCUCAUCUGCUCUGUCCAUCAGGCACCGCGGAGGCGGCCGCCCUGGAGCGGGAGCUGCUGGACGAGUACCGCUUUGGGCGGCAGCAGCUGGUGGAGCUAUGCGGGCACGCCAGUGCGGUGGCUGUGACCAAGGCGUUCCCCUUGCCGUCGCUGUCGCGCAAGCAGAGGACAGUGCUGGUCGUGUGCGGGCCGGAGCAGAACGGCGCGGUGGGGCUGGCGUGUGCCCGGCACUUGCGGGUGUUCGACUACCAGCCCAGCAUCUUCUGCCCCGCGCGAUCGGCAGACGUGCUGCACCGCGACCUGACCACGCAGUGCGAGAAGAUGGACAUCCCAUUCCUGUCCUUCCUGCCCGCCGAGGUGCGGCUCGUCGAUGACGCCUACGGGCUGGUGGUGGACGCGGUGCUCGGCCCCGGAGUGCGGCCGGCGGAGGCGGGCGAACCCUGCGCGCGCGCGCUGGCCACGCUCAAGCGGCUCUCCAUCCCGCUCGUGAGCCUGGACGUCCCCUCAGGCACGCCACCCCAACGCCCGCCCCCACUCCCGGUUCCCCCUUUCCAGCUCUUUCAGCCUCAGUUUCCCCAUCUGCCCUCAUCCUGUUUCCUACUCGUCCUAAGGACGGGGACGAGACGCGUGGCUGCCCCCACGCGUCUCCCACAGCCACCACUGGCCCUGCUGCAGGACAGACGUGAGCUCGCUCGGCAGAGGCCACGCCUGCCAGGCCCGAGCCGCUGGGGACAAACAGCGCCCCCUCCGCGGGGCUGCGCAGGGAUGUCCCUAGCUGGAGCGCCGCAGGGCCAUCCCACACCAAGUCGUGUCUAGCCCGAAAGAGGAGCUUGCGGGUGGCCUGGGAGCUGAGGGACCCCGCGGCUGGCAGCUCCAGUCAGGGAGAGGGGCAGGCGGGUCUGCUCAGGAGAGAAGGCGGGCUUGCUUGUGGGGGACAGCGCACCACAACUCCGGGGUGGUUGGGGAGAGGGGAGCGCCCCGGCAGGUCCAGCACGGGGUGGUCGGGAGCCAAGGCGCCCGGGUCAGAGGGGCGCUCGACUCCGGUGCGGCGGCGGGCGCAGCGUGCGGGAGCCCCGGGCCGGGGGUGGGGGGCGGCGGGUGCAGCGCUGCGGGAGCCCCGGGCCCGCAGUCCCCAGCUCGCCCUCUCCGCCCCCAGGCUGGGACGCCGAGGCCGGCAGCGACGCGGAGGACGCGCUGCGGCCGGACGUGCUGGUGUCCUUCGCCGCGCCCAAGCGCUGCGCCGGCCGCUUCGCCGGCCGCCACCACUUCGUGGCCGGCAGGUUCGUGCCCGAAGACGUGCGGCGCAAGUUUGGCCUGGCCCUGCCUAAAUACGCCGGCACCGACUGCGUGGCCGCGCUGUGAGCGCCCGCCCGGAAUAAACGUCUGCAGCCCCUCU